AUGGCACCCUCCACCAGAAAUGCAGCCUGUCGUGGUGCAACCAAUACUGGCACUCAAGGCCCCACAGUGCCCACCAGCUCUGUCAUGCGCAUACGCAGUGGUAUUGCUAUCAACCCCCCUGCUAAGCAACAUGAUAAGCGAAAAAGAAGUGCUAUCCUUCAGCCCUCUCCUGUUCCGGAUGACCGUGACUGGCCAAAACCUCGUCCUCUACCCCGACGUUCCUCGAGCAUGACCUUUGAAGACUAUGCUCAGUCUCCAGACAACAUAGAAGGCAACAGCAACAGCAACAAUGAUGCUCCUGAUGAUAAUGGUAACGAAGACCAUGAAUACAAAGAUGAGGAUGAUGAUGACUCAGUACAUGCAAAGACUUCUCCAGAAGGCGAUAGCGACAACGACAACGAUGCCAAGGAUGCCAAUGAAGAGCCUGAGGAUGGCGAGAAUAACGAGGAUCUCGAGACUUCACCAGCCAGGAGACUUUGGCCCCAAAGGGUCAAGAAGGCCAUCUACAAUUUCAAUGAUGGUCCUCAAACCUCUUCAUUGGAUAGCAGCUACACUUCUUCCCAGGCAAAAUGUGAAGGCCCUGCGACAUCUAAUCAAGUUUGCACCCAGGAGUCAGAUGCAGAUGAAAACCUCGACCAUGACAGUCCGUCUUCACCACCUACUAAGCGCAGGAAGACGUCUUCAGCAGUCAAAAUUACCUUGGCCAACACUUCUCAAAAGACUACUCGCUCAACAACCAUUCGCACGAAGCAUGCUCGUGCAUCUAUUUCACAUUCAAAUGACAACCCCGCUCCAGCCAGUAUAGUCUUUGGCCCUACGCCGGACAUCGACGCCAAGGGCAUCAAUGAAGCUCAGGAACUUGGAUGGAAAACAGCAGAAGAAGCUCGGGUGAUUGGCGCCAAGUAUGGCAAGUCUGCGCACACUAUUCUCAUUGAGGCUGGCCUGUCUAUCAAGCAUUCACGAGUAGAGUCUGAUUGGAAUGCCCACCAAUGCUGGUUCAUGGAUAAUCACCCUCGGAAGGACAAAGCAUCUAUCGUUGACUGGAAAGAACAUCAAUGCAAACAUUAUCAUGUGAUGGGCAAGGAGAAUGAACAGUGGAACACAAUUUGCAACUAUAAUGUUACUGGUGGCAAUACCAAUCAAUCACGCACCAAGACCAUCUUGUUGAUGAGGGAGGACAUUGCAAGAAAGGCACAUCUACUUCAUUUGCACAUUCUACGAGUUGAGGCCAUCGGCUGUAUAUUUGUUACAACACAACACAAGGCUGCUCGACAGGCGUCCGGCUUUGUCGCAGGCUCUGACUUCAUAGUCAAGUUGAUUAAUGAGCAUCAACUGGAUGCUUGCACAAUUUUAGAUUGGGUUGUGACCGCAACGAAAGCCAAGGCUACAAUAUAUCCCCAAACAAAGCUCCCUGCAAUUGUUAUAGGAGGAUAUGGCCAAUUAUGGUACUUGAGCACACUUUACAAGUUCAUGAUUAAUAAUUGGCCUGAUGAUGUUCCCCCUAUCGGUCCCGAUUUCAAUCCUCACAACUUAAGUUCACAGCACCUCAAGCUACUUGUUGUUCCUUUUAUCAAGCACAAAGCACAUUCUUAUUAUGAGGCAGAAUUCUGGACUGAAGCUGAGAGCUUGUUGGAGAUAGGGAAAAAGAAGUCAAAGGGCAAGCACCGAGGUCAGAAGCGCACUGUGGAAGACGUCAUGAGUGAGUUAGAUGUCAAUGUACCUGAGAUCGAGUUCGCAGCUUGGCCAGAUGAUAUGUGA